AUUCCUAUACUCGCCGCUUCGCCAUAGAGGCCCAUCGAGGGCCCUCCCAAUUUGCACCAUGUCCGAGGAACCUGGGACAGAGGUGAAAAUUCUUGCUCCCAGUGGUCAUUGUCUCCAGACUUUGCAGCUCCCGAUUCAGGCGCCAGCCGCGGAGACGAUGAGGACCUCGUUGAGAGCCGCUGGCAAAGAGGCGAAAGGAAUCUUCGUUUUUACAGUCGGCACAACGAUUCUUGAAGAGGAGUGGCCAUUGGAAAAGCUUGGGAUCACUGAAGGCUCCAGCAUCGAAGUGACGGUGCUGGACUCGAUGAGGCCUUGCUUUGAAUGGGCUGUCUAUGAUGCGUCCUUUGGCAACGAGAUUUUGGACAAUGGAUCAACCUUCCAACGGGGUCAAGUGGCGUCACACACCGAUGGAGUGCGAACGGCUGUUCCAUUGCCUCGAGACACAGAGUGUUACAUAUGCUUUAAGGGUAUUAACACUGGCACCCAUGCUUCCGUGGGCGUUGGCACCAGCAACUGCGAAGUGGCCGAGAGAGGCUAUGUACAUCUCUAUGGUCAGGAUGAGAAUUCCUGGGCGUUGUGUUUUGGAGACAGCGGUGAAAUUGUUGCCUGCCACAAGGGCGAAGUCUGUGUGAUGCAAAAUUCGAAAGGAGAGCAACUCGAGGCACCACCGAGGACUAACUUCCCCCAUAUGUCACACAGCCAUAUGUCACACAGCCAUAUGCUGUACAUCAGCUUUUUGAUCUCAGCAGCUGGGCAAAUGAGGGUAACUCUCGCAGGAUAUCCAGAGGUGGUGGUUCCCUUCGAAAUACCCACGGAUCUGGAUGUCUUCGUGAUGGCUUCAACCGUCUAUGGCAAGUCACAAAUAUCGAUUUCGCCCAUGCCCUUCCCGCCUCCCACGGACCCAGAACUGCCUCCAGCCAAAAGCGCUGAGAAGCCAACGUGAGUCCACUUGAAAAAAGA